CCGAAGCCCGUGAACUCAUGCCCUUCAACUUCGACAACUGCUCCAUCGUCCCCCUCCGCCAACCCAUCUUCGCCUGCAAGACCUGUGACCCAAUCGCUCCGCAUACUCAACGUGGCGCGUGCUGCUAUGCGUGUAGUAUUCAGUGUCAUGGUGAUCAUGAAUUGAUAGAACUGUUCGCGAAACGGGAUUUUACGUGUGACUGUGGGACGGACAGGAUGGGUGCGGAAGCGUGCAAACUGCGGAAGGAGCGGAGUAAGGUGAAUGAGAAGAAUAUGUAUAACCAUAACUUCGAGGGCAGGUUUUGCUCGUGCGACGAGAUCUAUAAUCCAGAAGAGGAAGAAGGGACGAUGAUCCAAUGCUUGUUGUGCGAAGAUUGGUAUCAUGAGAAGUGCUUGGGAGAGGUGCCGGAUGCGGAUGAUUUCGAGCAUAUGAUUUGUCGGGGAUGUGUUCAUGAGCACCAAUGGCUGAAGAGGUAUCAUGGGCAGGAGGGGACAGUUCUGCCUGGGAAGGAGAAGGUGGUUGAUGUUGAGGGGAACGGUGAUGAAUUCAAGCAGGAGACACAGGAAAAGGAAGGGGUCAAGGAUGAGAAGAUUGAGGUUGCGGAGGAGCCAGUCGCUUCGGAAACUGGCAAACGCAAGGCACCAUCAGAGGACGAAGACGUACCAGCAUCUGCCGAGAUCAAGAAGGUCAAGACCGAAAACGACACGAACACAACCUGCAUUUACGAAGGCCUGCCGCCUGCCCCUUCGGAAUCCCUAUCUCUCUUCUUGACGGAUAACUUCCGGACCCACUUCUGCCGUUGCCCUUCCUGCAUCUCCCGAACCCUCUCAGCUCACCCCGUCCUCCUCACGCCCGAAGAAACCUACGAACCCCCACUUGACGCCGAUUCCGACACCGAAUCAAUCUACGACGCCGGCGCAAAAGCGCUUGGAAAGAUGGAUAGAGGAACGGCGCUGGAUGGGUUGUUGGCGUAUGGGAAGAUGAAGAAUGCGUUGACGGAGUUCUUGAGCCCGUUUGCGAGAGAAGGGAAAGUUGUUACGGAGGGAGAUGUCAGAGCGUUCAUGAAUAAGUUAAAGAAGUAACCGUUUCCCAUACGGGGAUACAUAUAGGCAUGGGGUUUUUUCGGAUAGGGCUCGUGGGGAGGC